AAUGCACGCAGUUGCGACACAGCUCUCGUCGAUCGAGAAACAACUCUGCGGAAAACUCUUUCUUUUGGAAUUUUUUUCCACACUUUGGCGCUAGCGGCAGAUAUUGAAAGGAUAAAUAUAACAUUAUAAGUUUUAAUCUGAUAUACAUUUAAGUUUAAUAAGUCGACGUAAAGCGUUUUGUAAUUUAGUGCAAACGAUUUGAAUUUUCGAUUGGUCGUUUUUCAAAUUUACAUACAAUCGGUGCGUGUAUGCACGUAAAUAAAAUAAGCGUAUUAGAUAAUUUAUUAUAUGAUACGCGCGACGCGCGCGUAAUUCCGUGCGAAGAUUACAAUUCGAAAUCAACUCUCAAAAACAGUUCUGAGAAACGAUUUGCACAGUCACACGUAACUUUUUUUCCGACCAACAGGAUUAAUCUCGGGUCAAUCGGUUAUCAAACGGUGACGUCUUUUUUUUUUUUAAAUGCAUGCAGAUUUUACAUGUCAAGUGCAUGAACGAAGAUUCCCUCAGUGUAACUCGAAACGUUCGUUGGUGAUCCUCCGGCUAAAAAGUUCUCGUUCCGAUCGUCAAAAUCAAUUAUAAUAAUCCCGAUCUGGUCUUUGCGCAUCAUCACAGUUAAUUUCUAUCCGCUACUAUUCACGUUUCAAUCCGAUCUUGAGAGUAUCUCAAUCAUAUUCGUCAAAGUACUUCCAUAACUAAAAUGUCUGCAAACAAAAUUGUUCACCAACCAUAUGUAUUUUUGUUUCAGGUGUGAUUUUAUCAUCGAUAUAAUCUUCAAAGAAAGAUUAUUUUUCCACGAUUGUUCUCUUACCGCAGAAACCGCAGACGCCAAACGGCAAAGAUCAAGAACAAAAAUGUCGGAGAUAAUGGAGAAAAAGGAUAUACUGAGCAGAAGACCUACUCUUGUGAGACGAGUGUCCGAUAUGUUUAAAGACGGGAACUACAGCGGCCCACCGAUGCUGUUUCGACACGCGUCGAUGCAGAAAAUUCGUCACUGUUGCCAGAAUCUUAAUCUUCUGCCGUAUCUCCUUUAUUCCUUCGACUACAGCAAGUCGCAUCCGAUAGCGCGCAAGGUGCACCUCUGCCUCAACGGUUUUCUUCAACAGAUCUUCAUCAUCAGUUUUUUCACGUAUCAGAAUCUGCAUCGGUUGACGCUACGUAGGAUUUGCGUCAAGGAGCCGAUCAACGUGCAAGAGACGAUCGUCGAAACGAGUAACGAUCUUGAGAAACCCUGUACGAAAUUCAGCAGCAAGUUCGAGAAGCCGAAACGCAAGCAACAUCAUCCUCUCUACCUGGUCGUCGCCACGUACCUCGUGCCAUUGCUAUUGGUCUUCCAAGUGACGGCUCUGUGCAAAAUGACCAUCUACUGCAAGCACACACCGGGCUUCAUCUUCCUGGUCACCGCGCUGCUGUUCCUCGGCGGUAUCGCUCUCAAGAUAGUGUUACACGAGACCGCGAAACGCGAGAAAGAACAAUGCGAGAAAAAGAAAGUGCGUUAAAUCCCACCGUUUUACCUAACAGACACAAUCGAGAAACUGAGAGAAUUCAUCACGAUUUCUCAUCUGCCAGACGUUUGCAUGGUAUUACGCACCAUUUCCCCCCUCCCUCCCCUCUCACAAGUGUGCAAUAUACAAACGUUCGCGUUUUGAUAAAAUCUCAACGUAGCUCGCAGUUUCUUCCAAUUUUUUAUACAUAUAAAAUAGAUUUUUAAGUUCCUUUUUAUUACGUCUUUUUGCUAUCGUCAAUUUUAUAUACGUAAUAUUCGUUUCGUAUUUUGAUUUUAUAACGUCAUUAAAAUUGUUAAGCGGGGAUAUCAGGGAAGAUUAUAUUUGAUAUUAGGCUUUAAGUACAACAAGAACGUCUGAGCGGAAACGCGUAACGUCUUAUAUACAAAUGUUCUCAAAAGCGUAAUCUCGGAGGAUCGCGCUCCUCUCUCGGCUUUGCGAAAUAAGCGUUACAAGAUAUCUUUGUCCUUUGCAGCAUAAGACUGAGAAUUGUUUCUAACAUUUUAAUGUUUGUAAAUAAAAUAAGCGACAAUGAAGCGUCAAAUCACAGAAUUGAGGCUUGGCCGAAAGUUGCGUUUCUUUGCUGGCAGAAUCACUUUUUUUAUUUUGAUAAAAAAGGACGCACAAAAUCUACAUACAGCACCUUACGCGCCAUGAGAAUAUCCUUUGAUUAUCUAUUGAAAUAUAUUCUAAAAAAUAUAUUUCAGAAUAUAUUUUCAAAAAAUAUUCAAAGAAUUGUUUUACCGGUCUUUUGUGCUGUAUGAGAUAAGUACGUCCCCCCCAUUCAAGGUCAAGUCCGAUCUGUGAUGCGGUGUGUGGGUGACGAAGUAACACUCACGAGCGUUUGCGAUACGACUUAAUUACACGAUAAGAGUUAUUAUUAUAUGUAGAUGAGAUUUUUCUUAAAAUACACGCCUUUAAUUUGGGGCAAUAGGUA